GUUCAUAAAACUUGGUUGCAGCAACAGCACCUGCAGCUAUGAUCAUUUUGGUAUUGAGUUGUGUGUCAGUGUGCUUCAUCAUAAUAUUUCUCAAGUUCUUCUAUGAACUAUGGUGGAAACCGAUUCAUGUACAAUCUGCACUGAGAUCACAGGGAAUAAAAGGCCCCCAGUACAGGUUUUUCUAUGGAAACUCAAAAGAAAUCAUGAGAAUGAGAAAUGAAUCCCUCACCACUCCCAUGGAAUUAUCACAUCAAAUGUUACAGAGACUUCAGCCUCACUGUUAUUUUUGGAAGAAACUAUACGGGAGUGACUGUGUCUGUUGGCUUGGUCCUCGGCCUCAGUUGAUUAUCGCUGAACCUAAUCUGGUUAAAGAGAUAUUGAACAAAGAUGAUUUAUACAGAAAACCUGAGUUCGAAUCUUACUUAAAAAACCUCUUUGGGGAUGGACUAGUAACGACCAGAGGCGAAAAAUGGUUCAGGCAGAGAAAGCUGGCUAAUCAUACUUUUCAUGGAGAGAGCUUGAAGGAUAUGAUUCCAGCAAUGAUCGAAACUACUGAGAUGAUGCUUGAAAGAUGGAGACAACAUGAGACUAAGGAUAUUGACGUAUACGAGGAAUUCAAGCUAUUAACAUCUGAAGUCAUUUCCAGGACAGCCUUUGGAAGCAGCUACUUGGAAGGACAGCAUAUUUUCGAUAUGCUAUCAAGGCUGAUUCUUAUUCUUUAUAGAAAUAGUUAUCUAGUCAAAAUUCCUCUACUAAAAAAAUUUUUGAAAACAAAGGACGAUGUGGAAGGAGACAGACUAGAACAUGGUAUAAGAGACUCCAUAUUGAAGAUGAUAAAGAAAAGGGAGGAAGAAGCAAAGCUGCGCCAAGUAGAUAGCUAUGGAAGUGAUUUUCUUGGAGUAUUAAUAAAGGCAAGCAAAGAUGUGGAUAAAACCAAGCAAAUAUCCAUAGAAGACCUAAUUGACGAGUGCAAGACAUUUUAUAUUGCUGGACAAGAGACGACUGCUAGUGCACUCACUUGGAAUAUUCUUCUUCUAGCAAUUCACACGGAUUGGCAAGAAAAAGCUAGGGAGGAAGUCCUGGAAUUAUUUGGCCAACGAAAUCCAACUUUAGAUGAAAUAUCAAGAUUGAAGAUCAUGAAUAUGAUUAUCAAUGAAACUUUGAGGUUAUAUACUCCUAUUAUUACUCUGAUAAGAGAAAUCCAGAAGGGAACCAGACUGGGGAAGCUACUUGCUCCAACUAGAAUGGAUGUCCUGGUUUCACCAUUAACGUUGCAUCAUGAUCCUGAGAUAUGGGGAGAAGAUGUUCAUCUCUUCAAACCAGAAAGAUUUGCAGAAGGGGUGGCUAAAGCAACAAGGAAUAACAUAGCAGCAUUUUGCCCAUUUGGUUUGGGACCAAGAAAUUGUGUGGGCAUGAACUUUGCCAUGGCGGAAACAAAGAUUGUACUCUCAAUGAUCCUUCAACGUUACAGGUUUACUUUGUCACCAAGUUAUGUCCACUCGCCCAUUGUCCUUAUCGCAAUUUCCCCACAAAAAGGACUUCAAGUUACUCUUCAGCCAUUGUAAACCCAAUUGCGUAUGCUUGCGUUGGAGCCGGCGGAUGGUGUUUUGAUUUGGCAUGGAUUAAACAUGAACAGCCGGCGUGGGAGCCGGCGGUGGCAGGAUGUUUGUGCUCAUGAAUAUAAAAUUAUAAUAAUGUUAUUUGAUGCAUUUAGUCUUUUCCUUAAUUUGACUGAACGCAUCUCUGUGUCCGCUUCAUGGUUCACAGCGGACUAAUUCUUCUUUAGGAUUAAUCAAUUGAGAUUUGUGAUUGCCGCUGUUCAUGUUUUUAGAAUAAAAUUACAAUUAUUAAUUAACA